UACAAACUUUUUUUAAUGGUUUCUGUCCGACGUCCUGAAGUUGAGCCAUUACUAACUACGCCCAGCAUUAAGAGUUUGGAGAUCGUCUAAAUAGGUGAUUACUAUGGUAGAAGUGGAUAGCAAUAUCUGGCAGGGACGUUUGUGAUCACACUGGGGCAGGACGACAAAGACCAAGAAGAAUGGCUGGAAACGUUAGCUUUGUUCUGGACUACCCUCUCCAAGAAUCAGGACAUUUGAGUCCAGUGGAUGAGGAGGGUGUUCAUGACUCAUUCAACCUACUUAUACAAGAACAAGAUCAGAACAAUGGAUUGUCUCAGGCUUUUGAGCUACAGCCGUUACAAAGAGAGUUGGGAGAUGAGGAUCAAGAUGUUGUGGCGUACCCAUAUAGCAAUGGAAAGGAUUUUAGAGAAAGGAGACAGAGGCCUAUAGCAGACGAAUGGAGGCAUGACGAGAUGAGUGACCCCCUCCUUAGGGAACGAUGGUCCUCGGCUACGAUGAAGAUACUGUCGUCAAUGCCGAGUCGAACCAUCGGCCGCAGCAGGGGAGCAAUCAUUUCUCAGUAUUACAACAGGACAUUACAACUUCGAAGACGCAGGCAGAGCAGACCUUCCAUUAGAGAUUUCUCUCACUCAUCCAGACCUAGCAUACGAGGCUAUGGCAUGCAGUCUGACAGCACUGAUGCAGAAGAGGUGGAAGCUACUAAAACUAAACAUUUGGUGAACAACCUGCAGAACCUCUCUGUAAGUGACAGGGUCAGAAUGCUCCGGGCAAUGCCUCUCAGUGUGUCUGAGAAGAGUGAACUGAGGCAAUUAGCAUUGCAAAAGGAGAAUCGUCCACUUUCAGGAAAUCAAAUAUCCUGCUUUAGCCGAUUUAAGUUUUACAUCAAAAUUGCAUUGCGACAGAGCUCGUACAGCUGGCUGUCCUUUCUGCAUUCACUUCAGCUAUGGCAAGUGGCACUUAAGAGAGUGGGUGGACGUUUUGGUACCGGAGUCCUGUCCUACUUCCUGUUCCUUAGGACCCUGCUCUUUUUUAACCUUUUCUUGUUCCUGGUUAUUGGAGCAUUUUUGGUGCUGCCCCAGGCAAUCCAUCCUGGUCCGUCGUCUAAAAGACACCUCUUCACCGGAUUGGAGCUCCUUACCGGUGCAGGUUACUUCUCAGACACAUUGAUGUAUUAUGGAUACUACUCUAACCACAGCCUUAUGAGGCAGUGCGGGAAUGGAAGUGAUGUUCAACUUCCCUCUGUGUCCCCUGGAGCCAAAGAGGAUUGUUUGUUGAGCCACCAUUCUUACAACAUGCCACUGGCGUACUUCUUCACCAUUGGAGUGGCCUUCUUUAUUUCCUGUAUCAUCCUUGUGUACAGCAUGUCCAAAUCAUUUGGCCAAAGCUUCCGCAUCGACAAGUCUCACAAUAUUCUGGCAAUGAAAGUGUUCUGCUCCUGGGACUUUAAGGUCAUCAAGAAAACAUCCGUCAAUAUCAUGUCUGAGAAUAUCUGCACUCAGCUCAAACUUUUCACUUUAAACUUUUCACAUUCGGAUGCAUUUUAAGGUAAUCUACCCACUUUUCGGUGAUUUGUGUUUUUUUUAAUUUUUUUUAUACGUUGAUCAGUUACUGUUCCACUGAAAAAACGAUUCUUUAUUCUUUACAUGCCCUUCCUUCUUGCUCUUCUUAAGGACCUUCAAGAACGAUCCCGCAGUCCUCUCACUUCCCAGAACCCCUUGCUGACUGAGGCUAGUCUGCUGACUUUACCCGUGGUGGUGUCACUCAUCAACCUGCUGCUGCCUGGCUUGUUUAACCUUGCAGCCUGGAUGGAGGAAUACGAGUCACCCUCUGUUUGCACAUAUGUCGCCAUCAGCAGGAACCUGAUGUUGAAAGUGAGCAUUCUCAGUGUCCUCUGUUACCACUGGCUGGGUCGGGUGGUAACUGACCUCAGUGACGUCAUGUGCUGGGAGAAUUUUGUUGGUCAGGAGCUUUAUCGAUACCUGCUCAUGGAUUUCAUCUUCACUUUACUGGACACCUUUUUAGGGGAAUUUCUUUGGAGGUUGUUUACAAAAAAUGUCCUAAAGAGGAGGAGGAAACCAGUGUUUGAUAUCGCUAGGAAUGUCCUGGAUCUUAUUUAUGGACAGACCCUAGCAUGGUUGGGUGUACUCUACACUCCGCUGCUGCCUGCAGUGCAGAUUCUCAAACUCUUGAUACUCUUUUACGUUAAAAAGAGCAGUGUGAUGAUGAAUUGCCAGGCUCCUAGAAAGCCAUACAGAGUGAGCCAGAUGAGUACCAUCUUCAUCACCCUUCUCUGCUUUCCGUCAUUUCUCGGAGCCUCUGUCUGUGUCACGUACACCAUGUGGAGCAUCCAACCUUCAGCAUCAUGUGGUCCUUUCCGUGGACUAAAAACUAUGUUCCAGGCGGGGAAAAAUUGGAUGGAAGAUCUGGAAAAAACCAAUCCCAACUUGUCUGUUUUGGCCAGGACCCACACAUACCUGGUGGAAAACCCUUUUUUCCUGUUUGUGGGAGCGGGAAUCUUUCUGAUCGUGAUUUACUUCCACAGUCAGGUGGUUGAUGGUCAAAGGAAGAUCAUCGGUUUACUCCAAGAGCAGAUAGAAAAUGAGGGAGAAGAUAAAAAGUUUCUCAUCACUCGACUCCAGUCAAUCCAUGAGAAGAAAAGACCACCCAUUCAGGAAUAUUCAUGUUGAUAAAGAGCCUUUGAUUCUAUGAAUUGUUGUUUGUUAUUAGUGUGUUUUGUAUUUUUAAAUGUCAUUGUAUUGUUUUUUUUAUUAGUAUUUUUAUACAAAUAAUAAAAUGCUAGCGCUGUCUAAAGUUUACAGGGCAGCUCUGGGAUAAUCACAAUUACUCCUAAUUGAAUAAUACUCCUGAAUAAUCAAGAUAAAUCAAUGUUUGUAAGUUUGAUCCAAAAAAAAAAAGUUUUCCUUUAUUUCGCUGGCAAAUAAAUACAAAUAAAAGCAGGUAGAUGUACGUGUUUCACACCUGUUUUUCUGGUGAUUAAUCCAUUUAAAUUGAAUUAUUAAAAUGGGAAAUGUCAGCAGAACAAA